GUACCCCGGACACAAACAGUCGGACGCUUAGACCAGACGAACACAUCCUAAACGAGACUCACAACAAGCCGGACUUUCUUUAUCUUGUCUUAUAAACGCGAGCGAUCUCGUCGUUUGUGUCUUAGUUCCACGCCAGAAGAAGGCAGAAAGGUCUGCGAAGUGACAAACCGCACCGGCGUCGUGCGCGUCAAAAGCAAGAUCGGCACCCCGAUUCUCAGUCGAGUUACCGUCCGGCAAAAAAACGGAGGUCGUGGGGCUGGAGUGUGUGCUCAUGGCGGAGUCGGAGACUGAAUGUGACACACCCGGCCUUGACACGCUUGGGUCGGAGUGUGUCAUAGCCCACAGCCAUGUCGACCUGCACUACGGAGCCGAGACGGAAAUCAUGACUGAGGAAAAGCGUGGUCUGGAGUUGGAGAUCCACGGCACCGAACUCAAAAUCCAAGGGCUGGGCACGGACCUGGGCGCCGUGGCCUGCGUGGACGCCAUCGUGGAGACGGACCACGAUUACAUCAAGGUGGAGCACGAUGACAUGCACUGCUUCGCCGGCGCGGAGAUCAAGACGUCGACGGGCGAGGCCCUGCUCGGCGAGGUGCUCCUCAAAACGGAGAGCGAGCACGAGGUGAAGGUGGAGUCGGAUCACGGCGGCGAGCUGACGGUGGAGUCGGAGAACGGCGUCAUCAUCCACGAGGCGCACGGCCUGCAGUGCAACGAGUGCGGCGAGAUCUUCGGCAGCAUCUCGGACCUCCACCAGCACUUUGAGAUCCACAAGGACCUCAACCCGUACAUCUGCGUCCACUGCGGCGAGAGCUUUGCCGUGGAGGCCAGUCUCAAGCAGCACAUGAAGAUCCACAUGAAAGAGAAGCCCUACGUGCCGCCGGGUGUGGAGAUCAUGGGCAAGGACGUCAUCGACGCCUUCAGCCUCAAGUCCCACCAGAUGAUCCACUUGCCCGACAAGCCCCACCGGUGCACCGAGUGCGGCAAGAGCUUCGCGGCGGCCAUCACCCUGCGGGAGCACAUGAAGAUGCACUCGGAGGACAAGCCGUACAAGUGCACCCAGUGCAGGAAGAGCUUCGUCCGCAGGAGGCACCUGAAGAAGCACCAGGAGGUCCACGCCCGCGAGAAGCCGUACACCUGCGGCCAGUGCGGCAAAGGCUUCGCCACCACCUCCAACCUGAAGCAGCACCAGAAGACCCACGCCGCCCACGCGGCCCACGUCGGCGUGGUGCUCGCCGACAAGCCCCACCGCUGCACGCAGUGCGGCAAGUGCUUCGCCGCCGCCGCCACCCUGCGCGAGCACCAGCGGAUCCACUCGGGCGAGAAGCCGUACAAGUGCAACAUGUGCCGCAAGAGCUUCGUCCGCAAGCGCCACCUGAAGAAGCACCAGCAGGUCCACGCCGGCGGCAAGCCCUACACGUGCAGGCACUGCAACAAGGGCUUCAACCACUCCUCUUCCCUCUCGCGCCACCACAAGACCCACCAGCAGGGGCCCGUCUUCUCGCCGCCGCAGCCCGGCAAGCCCAUGACCUACGGCAACCCGCCCAAGCAGCGGGUGCACCUGCAAGGGGAGAAGCCCUACAUGUGCCACCACUGCGACAAGGGCUUCAACCAUUCCUCCUCGCUGUCGCGGCACCAGCGGGUCCACUCCGAGGGCAAGGGCUACACCUGCGGCCACUGCGGCAAGAUCUUCAACCACUCGUCGUCGCUGGCGCGCCACCAGAGGGUCCACCUGGAGAACAAGCAGCAGGCGGCGCCGCAGUCGCCGCCGCUGCCCCUCCCGCUGGCCACGCCCGAGCAGUACAGCGCCAUCGCCUCGCCCAAGGUGUACCCCAACAACGCCUUCCCCAAGCAACACCUUCUCUCCGUGGAGAAGCCCUACCGCUGCAAUCAGUGCGGGAAAGGCUUCAACCAUUCGUCCUCCCUCUCUAGACAUCACCGAAUCCAUUUAGAGUAGCUCCCGCUCCUCCGCAAGCAAAUCCCCGGCUUUUCGCGUAACUCCCACCAAACCCCCGCCACGAGACCAGUUGGGCCGACUCCGCUUUUGUACGCGGUCCGGUCGGCUCCAGUGAGGAGGACCAGUCGAGGGAAACGGACAAAGACGACGUGACCGGAAGGACUUGAUUGGCUAUUCAGAGCAGAAGCUGCGGGGAAGCGUCGCUUGGAUUCUUUGUUCUCUCUUGCGCAGGAACUCCAUUUUGAACACUUUUAAAAAAUAAAACCGGAAAAAAAAGUACGCCCGUCUGUUUUGGGAUGAAGAUGCUCAGCGGUGAGCACAGGAGCUUUUUCGACUUGGUUCAAGGCUAGUGACAAUUAGUCAUUUUUCACCCUUGCCACCUGUGUGAAGCAAAUUCACUGUAAAUAAUUAUUGAUUUAUUUUAUAAAUGUAUAGGUGACUAGUGUGCUGUUCCAAAAAAGAUUACAUUUUUGAUAGUAAGACCCACUUUUUUUCCUCUUUUAUUUUUAUUUUUUUUUAGCCCCACUUUCAGUUCAAUGGGUUGCGGGGAUUUUCAAGCAGGAGCAGUUGAAUUUGCCACCAUGUAUAUUUAUGAGGUUAUUUUCUUGUAUGUCUACCAUGACGUGGUCUGUACAGAGAGCAAUACUGGCCGACUUAACUGAUGUGCUAAUGACGCGCAGCCACACGACAGUUCCUGACAGAGAAUAAACACCUGGUUAGCAUAUUUCACCAGUCUCCAUUUCUUCCUUAUUCCCGACCCAAAAUAACUUGUUUAUAGACUAUAGAUAGCAGUUACUCCUGUUGACUAUCACAAUCUGAUUUCAAGGCUUGUGCAUACUAAACAAAAAUCUAUGAGAAAAGGUUUUCCAGGACUUUGCAUUAUGCUCAACUUGUAUGUGUAAAAAAAAAAAACUUUUACAAACAUAUUUUUUUAGAUAUGGCUUGGGUUAUAUGAAAGGGAGCAAAUGUUUUUAUGGGAGGGCACAGCAAGCAAUAUUAAGUUACUUCCCAUUGUUUUUUUUUUAAAUCUGUAGCAUAGUUUUUUUGUUAGCUAGGUGCCUUAUUGCAUGCUGUGUAGAAAUGGAUGCUGAGCUGUUAAAGGAAGAACGUUUUGUUGUUUUUAGUUGUCAUUCAUACCCUUCAUUUAAUUUGUCAAUGUCUCGUUUUAUUUUUUUGCUUUCAUGUAUACUUUUCGUGUUUGCACUGUAUAGUGUCUUUAUUUUCUCCCAUUUUCUGUUCCUCUUGUAAAUGGCCCAAUUCUUGAGAGGGAAAAACAUGUAAAAGAAUCCAUGCGGGCUUCUCUUUUAAGGGCAAACCUUGUAACAUCUUUUCCCCUUUUUAUCGGAGUGGCACAUAUAUGGAUAAAUAAAGGUCAUUGACUCGC